AUGGACAUUCUGGAUAGGAUCGGGGCACUGCCCCCGAGCGUGUGGUGUCAGGCCUUCUUCCUCGGCGCCUCGGCAGGCAUUCUCGUCCUCCAGAACCUCCCGGACGACGCGCGCGGCACGCUCUUGAACUACGGCGCGCGCAGGCCCGAAGACAGCAACAAGGAAAACCGAAGCAUCAAGGAGCAUGAGAAGAGGCCCAACGGGGGCAGCAGGGACAAGGGGAGCAGCACCCGGAGCAGCGCUCUCAUGCAAAUUGCCUCCGUCGCCAGCGCCGCCAAAGUCCCGCACUCGUGGUUCUGGCACUUCUACCUCGUCUCCAUCUCAUGGAGCGCCUUCUGGGCGUGGCAGUACGUGCGACGCGGGGCCAUCAUGGGCUCGCUGGCACAGGCGCAGGUCCGGUCGGGGCCGUCAGCGUCGUCCAUGGAGCUGGGCCGCGUCUUCUUCGCCUGGCUCAUGAUGGCCUUACAGGGCACGAGGCGGUUAUACGAGUGCUUCUUCGUUGUCAAGCCCGGGCGAAGCCCCAUGCUGUUUGCCCAUUGGGCGCUGGGCAUCGCCUUCUACACGGCCAUGAGCAUCUCUGUCUGGAUCCAUGGCUCUGCUGCCAUUCUCGAGUCGUGGGAGACAACCGUUUCCGCCGCCUUUCUCAAGAUGCUCAAAACGCGGAUUCCCGCCACCUUUGCCGUCAUCCUGGGCGCGUGGUUGAAGCAAAACGACUGCCACCGGCACCUGGCCAGGCUCAAAAAGUACACGCUCCCGAGCCAGGACAUGUUUGCUUAUUUUGUCUGUCCGCAUUAUACCUGCGAGUGCGUGAUAUAUCUCGCCAUAUCCCUCAUGGCGGCGCCAGAAGGCGCCAUCUUCAACAAGUCCGUCCUCUGCGGCCUGGUGUUUGUCGCCGUCAACCUUGGCGGCACCGCGAGCGGCACCAAGCAGUGGUAG